UUUCAUGCUUUAGCUGAUCACAAUCUCCAAAAACCCUCCGAGUUAACUCACCGCCCAAUUCGCCGUCGACUCAGUCCUUCGAAGCCAUGAAAGCCAUCGUGAACGCUCGCCGGCUCUCGCGGUUUUUCAAGUCUCCGAUUUCUCUCACCUCCGAACGCUUUCUCUCUCCUCAAGUUCCGAUCGCCGAAGCUCUCCAGAAUCACCUUCAAUGGCGGAACAACACCUCCUUCUCUUCCCAAUCCUCCUUUCUUCCCGGAAAUCAUUCAGAAAUAGGACAAUGCACAGUGUUUAAAACCUCAUUGUCACAAGCAAAUUUUUCUUCGGAAGCGAAUAAUGUCGAAGGAAAUCCUACAGAGGGUGUUAAGGAGUUGUAUGAUAAAAUUAUCGAAUCCGUUGUUGUUAAGCGAACAAUGGUGCCUAAUGCUUGGUUAUGGUCAUUGCUUGAGAAUAGCAAAAACCGGGAAGAUAUCAAACUUCUUUUUGACGUUUUGGAGAAGCUCCGGCGAUUUAGACUGUCAAAUCUUCGGAUCAGUUCUAACUUUAAUUUGAAUCUCUGCCGAGAGGUUACAAAGGCAUGUGUUCGUGUAGGAGCCCUCGACUUCGGUAAGAAGACCUUGUGGAACCACAAUGUAUAUGGAUUAAAUCCUACUAUUGCAUCUGCCCACCAGUUGUUGUUAUAUGCCAAGGAUCGAAAUGAUACGAAACUUAUGGUGGAGAUAAUGGACCUUCUUAAAAAGAAUGACCUACCAUUGCAACCUGGUACGGCAGAUAUUGUUUUCAGCAUUUGUUCCAAAGCUGAUAAUUGGCCAUUGAUGUCCAAGUAUUCAAAGAAGUUUGUCAAGGCUGGAGUCAAGCUACGGCAAAGCUCUUUCGAUGUGUUGAUGGAGUUUGCAUCGAGAAUAGGGGAUGUUGAGGUGUUGUGGAAGAUUGAGAAGCUCAGAUCUGAGUCAAUGAAGCAUCAUACCCUUGCAACAGGAUUUUCUUGUGCUAAGGGUCUUUUGUUGGAACGUAAACCAGAGGAUGCCGCUGCAGUCAUUCAAGUUUUAAAUCAGGAUCUGCCUGAUGCAAAGAAAUCGAGCAUCAUGGUCGAGCUGCAAAAACUAGUAAGUGAGUGGCCUGUGGAUGUUAUCAAGCGCCAAAAGGAAGAAAACAGAAAGGAGCUAGCUAGGCAGUUUCAAACUGAUAUUCCCGCCAUGAUCAAUGUUCUACUAAAUAUGGGCUUAGAAGCAAGUGUGAACAUGGAAGACCUAACUGGCAAAGAAGGUAUUCCUUCUUGAAGUCCUUGAGGUGGAAUGUGAGAAAUUGUUCUUGUCAUGGUUGAAGUGAACUUUGAAAAUUGCUCGCCUGACCAAUACAUUUUUUUUUUUUAAAUCAAGGUUAGAGAGACUUUUCUUGUUCCUCAAUUACUUCUCGGCGCGCUUAAAAAAUAGAUCUUCCUCAGCCAGUUGGAUGUAAUUCAUUUCGUUCAAAAGCAAAUUUUGAUUUCCGUUGCUUUUACUCUUUAUAUUUCAGUGUACAAAAUCUGUCGUUCAGUUAAAGGGGUAUAACAAUAAACCCCAUUGCCACUUAAGGUUGUUUUCACUUUAGCACUGUAGCUGAGUAAUGAACCUUUUCUGCUUG